CCAUGUUUGAUAGUAGAAAUUGUUGAAGUGGGUGUUGACUGUUUACAAUUAUUUAACCAGUUGUGAGGCUUGUUUCGAGGGAAAUUUUACUAGGAAUACAUACAUUAUGGGAAACUGUCACACUGUUGGGCCAAAUGAGGCACUAGUUGUGUCUGGUGGGUGUUGUGGCAAUGAAGCAAAGAACUAUGUUAUCGGUGGUUGGGCGUGGGCCUGGUGUGCAGUAACAGAUGUUCAGAAAAUCACUCUUGAAGUGAUGACACUAAACCCACGGUGUGAAAAUGUUGAGACAUGCUACGGUGUCCCACUGACUGUGACAGGUGUUGCCCAGUGUAAGGUUAUGACUGAGCCUGAACUCCUAGCCACAGCUUGUGAACAGUUCCUUGGCCGAAACACGAAGGAAAUUGAAGAAGUGAUCCUGCAAACUUUGGAGGGACAUUUGAGAGCUAUUCUUGGUACUCUCAGCGUGGAAGCCAUCUUCCAAGAUCGAGACCAGUUUGCCCAGUUGGUACGUGAAGUGGCCGCGCCAGAUGUCGGCCGUAUGGGAAUCGAGAUCUUGAGUUUCACCAUCAAAGAUGUUUUUGACCGCGUCGACUACUUGGAUUCCCUCGGAAAAGCGCAGACCGCUGUUGUCAAAAGAGAUGCAGAUAUCGGUGUGGCUGAAGCUCACAGAGAUGCCGGUAUUAGAGAAGCAGAAUGCGAGAAAGCGAUGUUGGACGAGAAAUAUGAUGCCGACACAAAGAUUGCCGACUCUAACCGACAGUUUCAAAUGUUGAAGGCAGGUUACGAAAGGGAAGUAAAUUCUAAGAAUGCUGAGGCCCAGUUGGCGUAUGAACUACAAGCAGCAAAAGAAAAGCAGAAGAUUCGUAGUGAGGAGAUUGAAAUUGAGGUCGUAGAACGGCGAAAGCUGAUCGACAUUGAAUCGCGUGAGAUCCAGAGGAAAGAGAAGGAAUUGAUUGCGACAAUCAAGCGACCAGCUGAAGCGGAAUCAUACAGAGUAGAAACGAUAGCUGAUGGUAUGAGAACUCAUACCGUGUUGGCAGCAAGAGCUGAUGCAGAGAAGAUCAAGAUGUUGGGGGCAGCAGAGGCAUCAGCGAUUGAAGCUACAGGUAAAGCAGAGGCUGAACGCAUGAGAAUGAAGGCUGCUGCCUACAAGCAAUAUGGAGACGCUGCUAUGAUGAGCCUAGUACUCGACUCCCUACCCAAGAUUGCUGCUGAGGUUGCUGCCCCAUUGGCCAAGACUGAUGAAAUUGUGUUGCUGGGAGAUGAUCGCACAACAACUGAAGUGACCAAGUUGCUCAGUCAAUUACCCCCGGCUGUCAAGGCAUUGACAGGAAGUGAUAUCAGCAAAUUGCUGCAAAAGAUUCCAGGAGCCCACUAAUCAUAGCAGCUACUCUCAACCAUAGGGAGUAAAAACACCAGUCAGUGAGUGACAAGCAAUCAUGUAGUCAUGUCUUGUAGAAAACCUGUAUGUUAAUCUUGUUUAUCCAUUAUAGAAUACAUUUCAGCAGCAUUAGUAAACAUAUCGGUAUGUAUAUUUCAUAUUUUUAUAUCUACAGGGUUUAUCACCUUGGAGUUGAACAACGUAUGAGUGGGUGGGUAGGGUUUAGCGAUGAUUGUUAACAGGCAGUCAUGUGUCCUAACUUGGGUAUACAUGAAAAACAUUAUAGUGCAAUUGCGUAGGAAAAGAUAAUGUUAUGGUUGCAAAAACAACCACCCACUGUUAUCGUUAGAAGUAAAUGGCUAGGAAAGGCAAUACGAUUGUUCAAAAUAGUGACUAUUUACUUACCUUAGCGUUCUCCUUGGAUUGUAUGCUUUGAAAUUUAAGUGAUCCUUCAUAAACCUUAGCUGGCCGUAACAUCGCAGCGUAGUUUGUGGGUCGAAAACCAUCAUGCAUACCUAACCAUGCCGUAGAUGUGCAGGGGCCUAGACCUAACAUUUGUCGAAAAAUUUGAAUCUUUGUGGCCAGCAUUAGCAAAAUAUUAAGGCAAAAUUCUUCAGUUUAAUUUCCAAUCAAUGUGCUAUAGUUUACUGGGAAUUAUGAUGAUCUCUACAGCAGUAAACAAGGGAUAGCCGUGAUAGAAAUCUUCAUGUAAAGCACCGCUGUGUCAGUGGAUUGUUUUUAUCAAACACCCAAGUUAGGUCAUAUGACGCCCAUCGCUAAAUCCCUAAUGUUAAUGGUGUUAGAUCCAUUAUCCUGUUAAAGUUAACUAUACUGAUGCACUAUGUAAUGUUGCAUUUACUGUAUAUGGAUCUGCUAUCCUGUUAACAGGAUCCGCACUGAUACAGCAUAACACAGUUCAAUUACUCUAAUGGUAUACAUUCUAUUCCUUAAUUUUCCUCUAUAAAUUAUAUAAUCUAAUCCUUAGUUUUACAUACAUAUUAGUGUUCUCUAAGUUGAAACAUUUUUACCAUUAAAUUUGUCCAUAAAAAUUCAGCUAUGCAUACAGUGUAAAGGUGUUAACACUUUUUUGAAUGGGGUUUAAUGACUUGUUGAAAAAACAACACCACAUACAGUCGUAGACUAGGCAUAGACUGAAAUAUUGUUUAUUUAUUGUAAGAAGGUCAGCCUAGACUACCUAGGAGUAAUCAGUGGUUUUUUUUAAAUAUAUUUUACAAUACACAAAAUGUUUAUCAGUUGGCCGGUUAUUUUUACUGGUAAAAUUGAUGGCUAAAAUGGCUUCAGGAGAACACUGCAUAUUCAAUCCUAUGAUUACACAAAGUUGUAGGUAUUAGGAAGUGAAAUACCUCCACCCUCUUCCCAGCCUUUGAACAGUCAUAACCUUUUGCAUGGCUCUCUAUAUUACUAUAUAUUGUUUCAUCUCAGGAACAUACCAAAUCUGAAGCAGUUGUAAUAGCACUCAGCAUUUUCUACUUUAGUACAUUAAUGUAAUAUGCAAAUUUUGGUAUUCAAGUUCCCCUGGUAAAAAGUCACAAUAUUGCAUAAUUCUUUCUAAAAGUUGCCUUUCUAUUUUAGGUGGAGCAGGUUUAAGAAUUUUGUUUAAUAUGUAAUUAAGAAUCCAUUUAGUCUGUCAUUUUAAUAUAUAGAAUUUUCAGUAGAGUGACCACCCCUUUUAGAUAAAUGGAACAACCCUCAUCUUGAGUAAAUGUUAGAUCAAUAUUGUAUAUUUGUUGCCAGUAUUUGAUUGGUAAAAGACUUGAUUAGCAUUUCAUGUAAUGAAUUAUGUUAUUGAUUAAUUCAGUGACUGGUGUAUACUAGAACCUAUAAAUAUGCAUAAUUACAUGAGUUAGUAUUUAUAUUUGGUUUGUUCGAAAAAUAACAAAUAAUUGUAAUAUGUAGCACUUUAUCUAUUUGAGACAAUUUUUUUAAACUAAAUUCAUCUGUUUUGAGAUAUUUAAUAAUAGAAUUUAGCAUAUUGUUAUCUCAGUUAUAAAGUGGCGUAACUUCUAUGAGCCCUCACUGACAGAAGCCUCUGUCCCUGGAACGAAGCUUCCUGAAUGUUAAUCAGCAUGUUUUUGCCAAGACCAUGGGCCCCAAUUCAGCUAAGCUAAGUUGUAUUGAAUUUAUCAUUGUUGUCAUAAUCAUUGUAAGCUUUUUUCUUAGUCUGGAGCCUCACUUUUUAUUCUUUGAUUUAGUGAUUUUGAAGAUGACUUCAAAAUUCCUAGUUUUCAAUUGAUGUGAUUGGUAAUUAUCUAGUUAUAAAUAUGAGGUAAUGGGAUAAUUAUAAUUUUACUCUAUAUUGUAAAAUGAUAAUACUGUACCCAGUGUAGGCCUCAUGUCUUGUUAUACUGUAUAAUCAAUGUCUAUAAUAUAGUAUCAAUAGAUUAACUAGUCAAAAUUCUUUGCAUUUAAUUCUUUGUGUUUUAGCUUUGAUUCAUUUAAGUAUAAUAAUUUAAUAUACAGUAAUUCAAUGAGUUUUGAUAAUAGUGAUUGGAUGUGUUCUUAGAAAACAUUUUUUUUUUUUUUUUUAAAUUGCAAAACUAAAAGAUGUUAUGAAAGUGAGGAGCAUCAUUAUCAUCAACUUCAGUGUGCUAAUGUAUGCAUUCCAGGACUAUGACAUCCUUUUGUCUGUUUUCCACACUAAUUUUUGGCACAGCAAACUAAACUGGAUGUGUGCAGAGGAAGUCAAAAAUUUAUUACAAAUUUAAUCAAGUCAAAUUAUAAACAGAAUCAUUCUGGUCUCCGAACAACUUGAAACAACAUUGUACAGCUUGAUCUUUUCACAAGGGUCGGUACAGUAGUUGUAAGCAAAUCUCCAAAAAUAAUUUACUGGUUUUAAAACUAUAUGAAUUUGGAAACGAAUAUGACAAAUUGUAUUGUAAACAGUGUUAAACCGCCCACCAAUUUCAUUAAUUUAGUUGACAUCCCCCUCCUUAAAACAAAAGGAUAUUUAUGAAUGAUAAUAUCAUUAAUGGACACUGCUACGGUAUGUCAUACCUUGUGGAAAAUACUCAUAAGAAGUGAAUCGGUGUAUAAAAACAUUUUAGUUUUGAUUUGACAGUGGUUUAAUACAGUUGGUGUUUAUGAACCAAAGAGAUCAUUAUUGUGUUUGAACACUUUUAGAAACAAAACUUUUCAUGUGGUAUGCAAUGCUUGGAUUUUUAUAUUCCAAUUUUAAUGUUGUUUAUUGCUGGGAUGUAUGGUUAUUCUUAUUUUUUAUUGUUUUAAAAGUUAAUAUUACUCUAUAACUAAUGAAUUGUAAUAAUAUCCAUGGUUUUGCAACAAUUUUGAAACAUCCAAUUCAGUGACUAUAAAAUAUAUAAUGUGACAAUAUAUAAAACGUGACAGUAUUGUUUUCAAGUAAAUGAGGUUAUUUUGCGAUUGAACAAAAUUAUUUACAAUGCAAUUAAUUAUACUUUUAUUUGUUGAAAAUAUAGAUUAAUGCAUAUAAAAACAUUGCAGUUUUGUGCAAAAAAAAAGAACAAUUUGAUAAUUAAUAUGAAGUACAAAAUUGAAAGUGGAAAGGGGUAUAUGUGUUUUAUCAUGUCAUAUUCUUUAUAUAAGAUUUUUUUAAAGGCAUUAAUAUGAUGUAUAAGUUAACAUUAUAAUAUGAAAUAAACAAACAAUAAUGAUGGAUCUUUAGUUAUACAUAUGAAAUUUUAUUUUUGACUACACCAAAUGGACAAUUUCUUUUGCUGCAUAAUUUCUUAAAAGCUUUACAACACUGUAACUAUGGAUGAGGUAUACAAGUUGUGUUUUAUUAUAAGCAGUUUUUUGUCAAUGUACCCUACAACAUUUUGAAAAGCAAACAUUGAUUAAGUCCAUCUUCGAUAAUUUCAAUUUUUUUUUUAUUGACAUCCAAAAGGAUAGAUAAACAAUGUACUGAAACUAAGGCCUUUACAGAGAAGCUGUUUAUUUAAUUAAACAAAAUAUCCUAGUUGAAAAUAUUACUGAAUUGAUAAAGCGGUGAGAGGAUUUGGAAAAAAGAUUUCAUUUUGAAUAUUAGGUAGUAUUUUGCAAGUAAUUGUGCAUUUUAAUCAUAUUGAGAAUUGUAUAUACUUCCAGUUUUAUUUGUAUCUUUGGCAUAAUAAAAGCCAUCUUCUUGUACAGAGUUCCAGAAA